AUGCUGCGAUUAUUAUCCACAAAGACAAGCCCACAUGAAGCAUUGAUGGGCUUCGUCCCUAGCCUGAGAAUCAAUGUCGAUCCUGAUCCCACUGGCCAUGCGCCAGCAGCGUUGGAGCGCGCAACACAGCUCAAGGAAAAGCGAUCCUUGGUCAAGGAUGCGCUUGAAAAGGCGCAAAAAGCCAUGGCAAGGCAAUAUAAUAAGCGUCGGAUCGACAGACAAUUCAAGAUUGGUGAUCAAGUCAUGCUACGGGCGAAGAAUGUCUCUACAGUGCGACCUAAUGCGAAAUUAGACACACCGCCAGCUAGGCCCAUUUUCCAUUAUUGA